CUCGAUUUUUUGCUUAUCAUGUUAUUGGCCGGUAUCAUUCUGUGCGUAUAAUCGAUCUCAUUAGACAAUAACUAUCCCAACGAUUAAAUAACUCAUCUAGCGUGACGUUCAUUUUUCGCCUAUAAAAGCCCACUUCCACCGGCAAACGGCAGUUCCAAAAUAAACUCCCCCAAAACAGUUUUAUCACAAUGCAAAAACAAAAUCAUUUGCUGUGCUUCGUCGCAACUUCACUGUUCUGCGCCUUACUGAUAAAUGCACUGGAAAUCGUGGUCCACAAAGUAGAGCAUAAGAGCAACCCCGACUACACAAAGGUCUUCAUCAAGAUUCGCAACGCGACCGAAAACCAGCGCAACACCGUCAUCGACAUCGAUUCGGAGAUGUACCGGGACAUCACCGACGGGGUCCACGUACGGGUGGAUUUGGCAUCGAAGAUGGGCAACGAGUAUCGCGCCCUGGUCAGCAAGGAUGUCGAUCUGUGCAAGCUGAAUGCUUCCCGCUCCGAUGAUCCUUUGCUGCGACUGCUGGUAGGCGAAUUGAAGAAAUAUGGCAACAUGAGCGUCGACUGUCCGCUGCACUCGGGCAAAUACGUGGUGCGUAACUUCCGCGUCAAUCGCGAAAACAUGCUGAUAAAGCUUGCGCCACCCGGCGAGUAUCGGCUGGGCAUCGAUGUAAGACACAAAAUGGAACAAAACAAACCGGCGGUUCCCGUUUUCGAUUUAGAACUUUACGCAACGCUCGAGGGAGAUAAAGCGUGAACGGUUUUUCUUCUUCUUCUUUUUCUAGCACUGCGUUGCAAUGAUUGAGUUCGCUAAUGCGGUUUGAAAGGUUUGAAUCUAAUUAUCUUUAUGAAUAUAAAGGCAUACAGAACUGA